UUCUGGCCUCCGAGACCCCCUGAGCAGGGCGGUGAGCGCGCAGGUUUUCCGGGCGGCGCCGCCCUACCUGCGCAGACAGGUGAGCGUGGGAGGGGCCGGCGAGUUUAAAGAGGGCGAGCGCACAGCCUCCCCGGAGCCAGCUGCACGAUGUUGUCUGCACCGGGCAAGCGCCGCACCUGACCCCUGGCCACCGCCGUCGCCCGAGUGUCCAGCCGAGCCCCGCGCCAACCCCGCCAGCGGCAUGGGCAAGAAAACAGUAAAAAUUUAUUCUGUGGAGCUCAAUGGAACUAAAGAAGUAGAGAAAACAGACCAGGGGGAUGGCAAGGAGAAGUACAGGGGCCUGAAGAACAAUUGCUUGAAAUGCAAAAAGAAUCACCAGAAUGAGGAGCUUAAGAAAGAAGUUGAUCUGGAUGACCACAAACUCAGCAAUAAAGAAUUGGAAAAUAAAUAUGAUACGAACAUCGUUACGGGUCUCUCCAGCACCAGAGCUGCAGAGCUGCAGGCUCGGGAUGGCCCCAACAUGCUCAGCCCUCCCAAGGAAACACCAGAGAUUAUCAAGUUCCUCAAGCAGAUGGUGGGGGGGUUCUCCAUCCUCCUGUGGAUAGGAGCUGUCCUAUGCUGGAUUGCAUAUGGGAUUGAGUACUCCAACAAUAAGUCUGCAUCCCUGGACAAUGUGUAUCUGGGCUCCGUGCUUGCCCUGGUUGUUAUUUUAACUGGGUGCUUUGCUUAUUACCAGGAGGCAAAAAGCACCAACAUCAUGGCUAGCUUCAGUAAAAUGAUUCCAAAGCAAGCUCUUGUCAUCCGAGAUGCAGAGAAGAAAACAAUCCCUGCAGAGCAGCUGGUGGUGGGGGAUAUAGUAGAGAUUAAAGGAGGAGACCAGAUUCCUGCGGACAUCAGAUUGCUGUCUACUCAGGGAUGUAAGGUAGACAACUCAUCCCUCACUGGGGAAUCUGAACCCCAGUCCCGCUCCUGUGACUGUACUCAUGAAAAUCCCCUGGAAACCAAGAAUAUCGCCUUCUAUUCCACAACCUGUUUAGAAGGCACAGCAACUGGCAUGGUCAUCAACACGGGAGACCGCACCGUCAUUGGACAGAUUGCCUCGCUGGCUUUAAGAGUUGGAAAUGAGAAGACGCCCAUUGCCAUUGAGAUUGAGCACUUUGUUCAUAUUGUGGCAGGAGUGGCUGUCUCCAUUGGCAUCCUUUUCUUCAUCAUCGCAGUGUCCAUGAAGUACCUUGUGCUGGACUCCAUCAUCUUCCUCAUUGGCAUCAUUGUGGCCAAUGUGCCUGAGGGCCUCUUGGCUACGGUCACUGUGACUCUGUCCCUGACAGCAAAACGAAUGGCCAAGAAGAACUGCCUGGUGAAGAACCUGGAGGCGGUGGAGACCCUCGGCUCCACCUCCAUCAUCUGCUCUGACAAAACUGGGACUCUGACUCAGAACAGGAUGACCGUGGCUCACCUGUGGUUUGACAAUCAGAUCUUCAUGGCAGACACAAGUGAAGAACAGUCAAAUCAAAUAUUUGACCAAAGCUCUGGAACCUGGGCCUCCUUAUCCAAGAUAAUCACACUGUGUAACCGAGCUGAGUUCAAGCCAGGACAGGAAAGUGUUCCCAUCAUGAAGAAAGUUGUGGUUGGAGAUGCCUCAGAAACGGCUCUUUUGAAAUUCUCAGAGGUCAUUUUGGGUGAUGUGAUGGAAAUUAGAAAAAGAAACCGCAAAGUGGCUGAAAUACCUUUUAACUCUACCAAUAAAUUUCAGCUCUCCAUACAUGAGACUGAGGACCCCAGUGACAAGCGCUUCCUCCUCGUGAUGAAGGGGGCCCCUGAGAGAAUCUUGGAGAAGUGCAGCACCAUCAUGAUCAAUGGCCAAGAGCAGCCUCUGGACAAGAACACAGCAGAGGCCUUUCACACAGCAUACAUGGAGCUGGGAGGCCUGGGGGAGCGUGUGUUGGGUUUCUGUCAUCUCUACCUGCCAGCAGAUGAGUUUCCAGAAACCUACCCUUUUGACAUAGACACCAUGAACUUUCCUACCUCCAACCUCUGUUUUGUGGGGCUCUUGUCAAUGAUCGAUCCCCCUCGGUCCACUGUGCCUGAUGCAGUUACCAAAUGUCGGAGUGCCGGGAUCAAGGUCAUUAUGAUUACAGGUGAUCAUCCCAUCACAGCCAAAGCUAUUGCCAAGAGUGUAGGUAUCAUUUCAGCCAACAGUGAGACAGUGGAAGACAUCGCAAAACGCCUCAACAUUGCUGUGGAGCAAGUUAACAAAUGGGAUGCUAAAGCUGCUGUGGUGACUGGUAUGGAGCUAAAGGACAUGAGCCCAGAACAGCUGGACGAGGUCUUGGCCAACCACUCAGAAAUCGUCUUUGCCCGGACAUCUCCCCAGCAGAAGCUGAUCAUCGUGGAAAGCUGUCAGAGACAGGAUGCAGUUGUUGCCGUGACAGGGGAUGGUGUCAAUGACUCCCCAGCCCUAAAGAAAGCAGAUAUUGGCAUUGCCAUGGGGAUAGCAGGUUCCGACGCAGCCAAAAAUGCUGCUGACAUGGUCCUACUGGAUGACAACUUUGCAUCUAUAGUCACAGGGGUGGAGGAAGGUCGUCUGAUCUUUGACAACCUAAAGAAGACUAUUGCUUACACCCUGACGAAGAACAUCGCUGAGCUUUGUCCCUUUUUGAUCUACAUUAUCGUUGGGCUCCCCCUUCCCAUUGGCACCAUUACUAUCCUGUUCAUUGACUUGGGCACAGACAUAAUUCCCUCCAUCGCCUUAGCUUACGAGAAAGCUGAAAGUGACAUUAUGAACAGGAAGCCUCGCCAUAAGAAGAAGGACAGGCUGGUGAACACGCCACUGGCCGUGUACUCUUACCUUCACAUUGGCCUCAUGCAAUCCCUGGGAGCUUUUGUGGUUUAUUUUGCUGUUUAUGCCCAAGAUGGGUUUACACCCAACACUCUCAUUAACCUCCGGGUAGAAUGGGAGAAGGACAGUGUGAAUGACUUGGAAGACAGUUAUGGACAAGAAUGGACGAGAUACCAGAGGAAGCACCUAGAAUGGACAGGUUUUACAGCCUUCUUCGCUGGCAUUAUGGUCCAACAAAUAGCAGAUUUGAUAAUCAGGAAAACCCGGAGGAAUUCCAUCUUCCAGCAGGGUCUUUUUAGAAAUAAAGUCAUCUGGGUAGGGAUUUUCUCACAGAUUAUCAUAGCAUUAAUCAUCUCCUAUGGCCUUGGAAGUAUCACAGCCCUGAAUUUCACUAUGCUCCGGCCUCAGUACUGGUUUGUGGCUGUGCCAUACGCCAUUCUGAUUUGGGUGUAUGAUGAGAUAAGAAAACUAUUCAUCAGACUUUACCCUGGAAGCUGGUGGGAUAAGAACAUGUAUUAUUAAGACCAUCUUUAUUUGACAAGUCUCCCAACUGCACAUUAAGGAUGUCUUCUUCAUCUUCUGGUCACUUGCUGGAAGAUCUCUUGUGCAAUAGGGACAUCACUGAAAUUAAUACAAGAGAAGAAAGAAAACUGUAUGAAAGAUAUUCAACUGUUCUGUAGUUUAAAGCCAAAAUUCAACUUUAUAUGUAUAUGACUUUUAUCUCUAUCUCCAUCUUCUUGUUAUAAGAUAUAUAAAUCUCAAAGUAAUGGAGUAGGGAAGAAAGACAUAUUUAUAUGUACAUAAAUUUCAAAUUGCAAUGUCUUGUGUAACCAGAUAUCUGCAGGGGUCUCUUAAGCUCUAGAUAGGAUUGCUCAAACCUCCAUUCCACACCCUUUUGACGGUCUAAUGCCUUCCCCCCAAAUUUCUGUGAAUUCUAGAGGAACUUAAAUUUUAAUGACCACUUUGCUCAAAAAAAGGCUUAAUCCAGCUGAAGGUUUGCAGGAGAUGGAGGCCAUGGAAGGCUUACAUCACAGCCAUGCAGACCUCAAUUUUGUUUUCAAGAAAUCCUUCUUAAAGAUCUCUCCACCCCUCACCCGAACCUAGUUCCAUCUCACCUGUGCUUCUAUGUGCUACCUCCUUCCCUCUUGCCUCCUUUCCUCCCUCUUAGACUUCGCUCUGCCCUUCCCACUGAAGCUCCAAUUUGGCUUUCUCCUACUCCCCUAAAACUGAGCUCCUAGUCCAUUUUGCAUAUCUAAACUUAACUGAUCCAAAGGGCCCUUCAUUUACCAGGAUUCAACCUCAAUAGAGAGCCAUCGUGGUAUUAAAUAGUAAUAUUUAUUUCUUGUAAAACAGUUGCAAAGCACUCUAAUUUUAAGUCAAUCAUGCUUCAUGUUUUAACUUAGGUUAUUCAUGUAUGAC